UCUACAAUCCUGUGUGAGACUCCCAUUCUCUCUCCGGCUCUGAGGCUUCAUCGUUAUUUCUGAUCUCUGCUUCGAAAACCAAACAAAAACCCUAGAUAGGUGGUUGAACCCUACUGACGAAACCCUUUCGUCAAAACCGUAAUCCCUAAUCUUCUCCUGAAGCCGAAGUUCCUCUUCUUUUGUUUCUGCAAAUUUUGCAGGUUAAAUCCUUUUUUCUGCCGAUUACAGUUUGUGGAGCAAUCAUGGCGGCCUCUUACGACUAUGACGAUGCGGCCGGGUACGACGACAAUGGUGGAGGUCACAGGCAGGAGCAGCAGGGACAGGACCAAGGUUACGACCCUAACUUCGUUCCGGAUUCGGUGAAGACCUUUGUGGUUCAUCUUUACAGGCACAUUAGGGAGAAGAACGUUUAUGAGAUUCAUCAGAUGUACGAGGGUUCAUUUCAGAAGCUUAGCGAUCGGAUGUUCAAGGAGAGUCCUUGGCCUUCAGUGGAUGCGGUCGCCCCCUACGUCGAUAACGACCAUGUCUUCUGUUUGUUGUACAGGGAGAUGUGGUUUCGGCAUCUCUACGCGAGGUUAUCGCCCACGCUGAGGCAGAGAAUUGAUUCCUGGGAUAAUUACUGUAGUUUGUUCCAGGUUGUGUUGCAUGGUGUGGUGAACAUGCAGUUGCCGAAUCAAUGGUUGUGGGAUAUGGUCGAUGAGUUUGUUUAUCAGUUCCAGUCUUUUUGCCAGUACCGAGCCAAGAUGAAGAGCAAAACUGAGCAGGAGAUUACACUUCUUAGGCAGUACGAUCAGGCUUGGAAUGUGUAUGGUGUGCUAAACUAUUUGCAAGCCCUCGUGGAGAAAUCCAUGAUCAUCCAGAUCUUGGAACAGGAGAAAGAAGGGUUGGAGCAGUUCACUGCUACUGAUGGUUAUGAUUACAAUGGCGGAAGCAAUGUUUUGAAGGUGUUGGGUUAUUUCAGCAUGGUGGGUUUGCUGCGGGUUCAUUGUCUUCUUGGUGAUUAUCACACUGGUCUCAAGUGUUUGCAACCCAUUGACAUCAGUCAAUCAGGUGUAUACACCAGUGUUAUUGGAAGCCACAUAACUACCAUAUACCAUUAUGGGUUUGCCAACCUUAUGUUGCGAAGGUAUGUCGCCUCUCUCUGAUGCACUUACUUGCUUUAUGCCCA